GUGUCAGCAGUCAAUUCUUCCCAAAUGAAGAAUUGAUCAGAGGGAGACAACUUUCUAACUGGACGCUAAAUAUGCAUAUCGUUCUUCACUAGUAUUUUCACAUAUCCAAUUUUGUAUUAUGUUCUUUCGGUCAAUUUGAUGGGAACCAGUUGCGUUAUUGAGGUUAGUUUUGUUCUCAUUUUAACAAGGACUUUUCCCUCCAUGCUCGGGCGAAGAAACGGGAUAUCAACGGGAUGGGUGAAUAGCGGCAUCGGCCUAAGUGAGAUGGGAUCAUUGCAUUGAUUUCUUGGGGAUUUGUUUCUGGUGUGAAGUUAUGACAAUGACUGGAUCGAUGGAAACUUCUUUCAAACAAGCUUUAAAGAAACCUCCAUCACAAAGGACAACAGAGGACCUGCACACCGUUUACUGUCACCUCUACCACAUGGAUGUCCUGUCCCACCUCAGGGAGCACCAGCUCAGGUCGAUGUGUACCUCAGCCAGGUAUGAGAGACACGAAGCUAACCACAUCCUGUUCUACCAAGACAGCCUCGCCACAUGUUGGUACAUCCUCCUCUCCGGCUCAGUCUUCGUCAAGGAGCACAUGUACUUGGCUAGAUGCUGCUUUGGCAAGCAGCUGGGGGGCAGGCGAGGCUGUGAAUGCAUCACUUUAGAGCCGACAGAAAUGAUCGUGGUGGACAAUGCCAGUGAGGUCGAGGAGAGGGCGUUGCAGAGGGAGGCGUCCCAGAGACGUUCCCGCCGGCGCUUUCGCAAAGUCAACCCACGGGGAGAGCGGGAACUGAUCACUGACGGCCAGGAGCCCACGGAUUAUGCGUAUAACCAGCUUCCCGGAGACCUCAACAAGAUGCACCUUACUGACCACCCCCACAGCCAGGGGAUGCACGUGCCGCCCAGCCAAUCAGGAUGCAGCAUCGCCAGUGAUUCGGGGAGCAGUAGCCUAUCAGACAUCUACCAGGCCACGGAGAGCGAGAUGGGUGACGUGGACCUGUCUGGGCUCCCGGAGGCGGCGGUGGACUCUGAGGAGGAGGAGGAGGAGGACGAAGACCUGGAGAGGACGUCGGACACCCUACUGGGUAGAGACCUUGUCCGCGAGUGCCUGGAGAAGGACCCUGUGGACCGCAACGAUGACGACAUCGAACAACUGUUGGAGUUCAUGCACCAGCUGCCAGCCUUUGCCAACAUGACCAUGUCAGUCCGGAGGGACCUGUGUACUGUCAUGGUGUUUGAGGUGGUGGAGCAGGCGGGGACCACGAUCCUAAAGGACAAACAGGAGCUGGACCUGUGGUAUGUGAUCCUGAACGGGGCGGUGGAGAUCAGCCAUCCAGACAGCCGCAUGGAGACCCUCUGCAUGGGCAACAGCUUCGGCAUCUCCCCCUCCCUGGACAAGCAGUACAUGAGCGGAGUGGUGCGCACCAAGGGGGACGACUGCCAGUUUGUGUGCAUCGCCCAAGAGGACUACUGGCGGAUCCUCAACCAUGUGGAGAAGAACACGCACAAGGUGGAGGAGGAGGGAGAGAUCGUGAUGGUGAAGGAACAUCGCGAGCUGGACCGCAGCGGCACCAGGAAGGGGCACAUCGUCAUCAAGGGCACCCCAGAGCGUUUGAUAUUGCACCUGGUGGAGGAGCCAUCGGUGGUUGACCCCACCUACAUCGAAGACUUCCUCCUCACCUACCGCACCUUCCUCUCCAGCCCCAUGGAAGUCGGCAAGAAGCUGCUCGAGUGGUUCAAAGUCGACAGCCUCAGAGACACGGUGACACGCAUAGUGUUGUUAUGGGUGAACAACCAUUUCAACGACUUUGAAGGUGACCCGGCCAUGACAAGGUUCCUUGAAGACUUCGAGAAGCUGCUGGAAACCACAAAAAUGAAGGGUCACCUGAGGCUGCUGAACAUAGCGUGCGCAGCCAAGGCCAAGUGGAGGCAGAUCACCCUGCAGAAACCAUCCAGAGAGUCCCCGCUCUACUUCAGCCUGCAUGGCGGAAGCGAGAGGGGCUUCGGCAUCUUCGUGGAGUCGGUGGAGGGGGGCAGCAAGGCCGCGGAGGCCGGACUCAAACGGGGAGACCAGAUAAUGGAGAUAAAUGGUCAGAACUUUGAGAACAUCUCCUACAUCAAAGCUAUGGACUUCCUGAGGAACAACACACACCUCUCCCUCACAGUCAAGACCAACAUCUUCGUGUUCAAAGAGCUGCUAAGCCGGAUCGUUCACGAGAAGAAGAAUGGCGUUCCGCACAUUCCCAAGAUCCAGGAGAAGAAGGGCAACCGCUUCUCCAUCCCGGACCUGCCUGGAGACAUGGAGUUCCCCACAGACCACAAGGCCACCAAGAAGAUGAAGGCCAACACCGUUUCUGGAGGACGGAACAAGAUCAGGAAGAUGCUAGAGAAGACCCGCUUCAGCAUCCUACCACCUAAACCCUUCAGUGAUGGUGGCGUGGGUCAGUCUCAGGAUGACAGCAUCGUGGGCACUAAGCAGUGCAGGCACAGCGUGGCCAUCAUGCCCAUCCCUGGCAGCCUCUCAUCCAGCAGCCCUGACCUGCUGCAGCCAGCCACUAAUGUAUUGGACUUCUCCAAUCCAGCAGCCGUGGGCUUCUACUACAUUCCAGACCAGGUGAUCCGGGUGUUCAAGGCCGACCAGCAGAGCUGUUACAUCAUCAUCAGCAAGGACACCACGGCGAAGGACGUGGUCAGUCACGUGGUCAACGAGUUUGGCCUGAGCGCGGCCCCGGAGAACUACUCCCUCUGUGAAGUGUCGGUCAGCCCCGAGGGCGUCAUCAAACAACGCAGGCUACCUGACCAGCUCUCCAAGCUGGCUGACCGCAUACAGCUCAACGGCAGGUACUACCUGAAGAACAACAUGGAGACAGAGACGUUGUGUUCAGACGAUGACGCCCAGGAGCUGCUGAAGGAGAGUCACAUCACCCUGCUCCAGCUCAGCACGGUGGAGGUGGCCGCCCAGCUCUCCAUGAGGGACUUUGAGCUGUUCCGUAACAUCGAGUCCACCGAGUACGUGGACGACCUUUUCAAGCUACUGGACUCCUCGGGGGGAGUCCAGCAGACGCGCCUCAAGCAGUUUGAGGAGGUCAUCAACCAGGAGACCUUCUGGGUCGCCACGGAGAUCCUGAGGGAGCCCAACGCCAUGAAAAGGAUGAAGACCAUCAAACACUUCAUCAAGAUUGCUCUGAACUGUCGAGAGUGCAAGAACUUCAACUCCAUGUUCGCCAUCAUCAGUGGCCUAAAUCUGGCUCCGAUAGCUCGUCUCAGGUCAUCGUGGGAGAAGCUGCCCAGUAAGUACGACAAGCUGUUCCGCGACCUGCAGGACAUCUUCGACCCGUCCAGGAACAUGGCCAAGUACCGCAACGUCCUGAGCAGCCAGAGCAUGCAGCCACCCAUUAUCCCCCUGUUCCCCGUCGUCAAGAAGGACCUCACGUUCCUACAUGAAGGUAAUGACUCUAAAGUAGACGGUCUGGUGAACUUUGAGAAGCUGAGGAUGAUCGCCAAGGAGAUCCGUCACGUUGUCCGUAUGACCUCAGCCAACAUGGACCCAGCUCUUAUGUUCCGACAGAGGAAGAAGAGGUGGAAGAGUUUAGGGUCUCUGAGUCAGGGCAGUACCAACUCCAACAUGUUGGACGUGCAGGGCGGGGCCCACAAGAAGCGCGUGCGUCGCAGCUCGCUGCUCAACGCUAAGAAGCUGUACGAGGACGCUCAGAUGGCCCGUAAGGUCAAGCAGUACCUGUCCAACCUGGCGGUGGAGACGGACGAGGAGAAACACCAGAUUAUGUCUCUACAGUGUGAGCCUGUUUACAGCACCUUGUCCAAGAACCUGAGCGAGCGACGGUCCACCAAGUCUGACAUUUCUCCUGUGUCGCUGCGCUCGGCGCUGCCCGGGGGGAAGGCCCAGAACCGCGUGUCCCAGGUGCUACAGAUCCAGGUACCCCUCUACCCCCAACGGAAGAAGAGCACCGCCAAGGACAUUCACGCCACACACAACUCCAGCUCUCCCCUAGUGAUAAAGAGGCCUCCCAGCUCCCAGCUCAGCCAAUCAGAGGACAGUCCCUGGAGUGGGAAGAGGUCUGCUGAAGACACCGUGUCCAUCGUGUCCUCCCUGCACUCCAGCCCCACCAUCUCGCCACAGGGCUCCCCGCGCAAAGUGGGUGGCAUGGCCAAGCCUCAGCAUAACUCCAACAGCCAAAUGAACAUGUCUGGCUCGUCGUCCUCUCUGACCAGCGAGGCCAGCACCAAGGCGGGCACGGCGGGCACCCGCAGCUACGGCAUAGGCUAUGCCCUGAUGCCUGCAGUGAAAUCCGACAACCUGUCCGACUCCAGCCACAGUGAGAUCUCGUCCCGCUCCAGCAUCGUCAGUAACUGCUCUGUGGACUCAAUGCCUGCUGGCCCUGUAGAGGAGCGCCAAGGCACCAAGGCCAGGGACACCACUGAGGCUCCAGGCAUCACCAUGCAGCUCACACACGCCGACUCUGACUGCAGCCAGCCCAGCACCAGUUCGUUGGCGCGGGGCCAGGUGAUGCGGGGUUCCACCUUCACCUCCUCCACCUCCACAGAGGAGCUGACUCCCGACCACGUCUCCCUGGACAGUGUGGCCGACAGCGGGCGGGGCAGCUGGACCUCCUGCUCCUCCAACUCCCACGACAGCUUUCAGAGCUUGCCUGUCCCCCUGCUGGGCCGACCCCCCACCUGGGACCACCUAGUGCCUGGGGGUUUCCGCCACACCCAGCUAGCAGGGCCUAUAGUGGAGGUUGAGGCUGGGCCGGCCUGGGUUGGGGUAGCGGGAGGACCGGGGGCGGGAUCCGGGGGAGGAGAGGACGCCAAGAGGCUCUCCAGAGACAGUUCAGAGCUAAACCAAUCACGACAGAGCUGGGCCUCAUCCUCCUCGCUGUCGGACACCUACGAGGGGAACUACGGCACCAUCAAACGCCGCACUACCGAAGGCGUCUCCGCCGCCCCUGGGGAGAGCCCUGACGUACCCCAAAGCACAGAUCCCGUCUACAAAAUGGUCACCUCAAGCACAGAGAAAGGCCUCAUAGUGUACUGUGUAACCUCCCCCACCAAGGACGAUAGGUACAGGGGGCCUCCCCCCACCCCUCCGGGAUACCAGGGCCUCACCCUGGUCGAUGGACAGGAUGGAGCUCCCCUGCGACCGUCCCACUUGCGGCCGCCUGACUAUAGCGUGGCUCUGCAGAGGUCUAAGCUGCUACAGAGCCCCGGAGGCCUGGUGGAGGCCCGGAGACUGGGGGUGAACCUCCCCCACCACGAAUCCCAGAGCCAGUCCCGGCCGGCCAGCGUCUGCCUUCAGGGCCUAGGGGAUAGUGAGGAUGAUGAGCAGGUGUCAGCGGUGUAGAGCUGGCUGGACGCCUGAACGGACACUGCAGGCCGUUGGAGAGGGAGGGAGGGGUGGUCUAAGCUACAGCAGCUUCCUUGCUGCCUCUCCUCUGGGUUCACGCCCCUCUCUAGUCCCUCCCCGGCUCGGCUGACAGCUGCUCAAUGCUAAACCAACGACGCCCCACAGAACUUGUACAAUCAUCUGUUUUACUCCAUUUUAAAAUUGGUUUAGAAGCUCCCACGUUUUUAGACUCCCACACCCCUGAAACAUAACUGUAUACAGACUGAGAUGUGGUGUGACGUCGCGGCAUAUGGCUCAGGCGUUUGGGGACGCUGUGCUGAGGAUGAAGAAGGGAUGGACGAUGCCCGCUGAUGUCUUUUUUACAGUACCUCCAUUUGCUUUUGUGCUCUCUUGUCCCGGGUGUUUUAAAUGAGUUUUUCCUCAGUCGUUGUUUGCUUGAAGCUCUGUUUUAAAUGGCAUGUGAACACAAGUUAUAUGAGAAUAUCCAGGAAGGGAGAAAAUCGGAACAAUCAUUUUUCUUCUCGUUAGUUGAUGAAGCAGAGAUCAAGCAGGCUGCAGAAACUCUCCACAAAUACUUUUAUUGUGAGGGGCAGUGAGUGAGUGAGGGGCAGUGAGUGAGUGAGUGAGGGGCAGUGAGUGAGUGAGUGAGGGGCAGUGAGUGAGUGAGUGAGUGAGGGGCAGUGAGUGAGUGAGUGAGUGAGUGAGGGGCAGUGAGUGAGUGAGUGAGUGAGUGAGUGAGUGAGUGAGUGAGUGAGUGAGUGAGUGAGUGAGUGAGUGGCAGUGAGGUGAGUGAGUGGCAGUGAGGUGAGUGAGUGGCAGUGAGGUGAGUGAGUGGCAGUGAGGUGAGUGAGUGGCAGUGAGGUGAGUGAGUGGCAGUGAGGUGAGUGAGGUGAGUGAGUGAGUGAGUGAGUGAGUGAGUGAGUGAGUGAGUGAGUGAGUGAGUGAGUGAGGGGCAGUGAGGGGAAGCGAGUGAGUGGGUGAGGGCAAGUGAGUGAGGUGAGUGCGCGUCUCAUGCCAUUGUGUAUGAGGCACCCUCAUCCAUCGAGGCUCUCUCUCUCUUGUUAACUCUUGUCUUGUGAACCCACAGUAACAUGAGGUACUUUAGUGUCAUGCUGCCACGUCUAUGUUUAAUAAAUUAUUUUAUAAGUUGUUUUUAAUGAGUUGACGAACAAAAAGGCUCACUGCUGUAAAAUAGCACAACAUGUUACUUUAAUGCAGUACAGUAAAACAAUGUAUUAGCACUGUACAAACAUUAGAGUUGGCAAGCGUUAAAUGCUAGGCAUGCAGCCAAAAGCCCAAGUUGUUUACAAAGAUGCUUACACACUUGUUUACAGUGUUUGUUUGUUUGUUAGACUAACAGUUGUCUAUUAAAUUACAGGCUAAAAUGUAAAAACAUGAUGAUUUCAGGUUAAUUUGACAUGUCAAGUCUUUUUGUAUGCGAUAGGAAUAUGUGGAUGCAGCAUAAACAACACAUUUGUUGUGUUUUUGUUUUAAUGUACCUGUUCCGUCUCGGCUAUUAAGUGUGUGAUCUAUCCCAUUCUUGUUUAAUAGUCAGGGCAACAAAAGAAAAGGCAACGCUCGUCAAGGCAAAAUGUAUUUAAACGCCAGGUUUGCAAUGCGUCGACAUUCCUUGUUCAAAAUAUAGCUACACUUUGGAAAAAGAGUACAUUUUGUAGGGUAUUUUAAAGAAUUUGCUUUCGGUGUUUGUUCUUAUUGCAAGCGAAGGCUCAUUAUUUGUACAGUCUGAACAGGUUUUUACCCUCUAGGGUUGAGGGUUAAACUGCAGAAUGGUAAUUGUAAUUAUGGAUAUAACUGGAGUUUCUCAUUUAGAUCCAUUUUCUUUGGCUGUUUGUACGUGAUGCUUGUUUCAGUUUUAUUUGCCGUACAAAGACUUGAAAAUAUGAAUGGCGAUAUAUACCGUGCGUAUAUAAAUGUAUACAUAUAUUUUUGGUUUGUCAUAAAUGAAUGUUACUGAUCAUGUAUAGAUGAACAGAGAGUCCUCUAUAAAGACUAUUUUUAAUAUUUUGUUAUAAUGAAAUCCAAGAUUGUGAUUCCCCCUUUUCUGUCAUUGGGCAGGAAUCUUUUAAGGAUUUUUCUUUCUCCCUCUCUUUGUUUCGCUGCCAUCUCUGUAUAUAUAUCUUUGCUGCUUUGUUUCUGAUACGUUGUUGUAUAGGUGUUAUUGUAUGUAUUGACUCUGCCGCCCUCACCAGGUUCAUUGCAAUCACUGCCUCCUUGCCUCACACACCUCGCCUGCGUCCCAAGUGGCACCCUAUUCCUUAUAUACUACAUUACUUUUGACCAGAACCCAGGGCUGUAGUGCACUACAUUUGACACAAAAGUAGUGUACUAUGUAGGUAACAUAGAGUGCCAGCCUCCUGACUGAGGGCUUCUGGGUAAUUUUGGACAGGCACGUUGCCAGGUCCAUCACUGGCUGUGGCCUAGUUGCCUUCUGCGCUGAAAGAGUUCCCCUGAACAUGCCCUAAGCCCCUGCCCCUAAGUAGCCCACACACUGUGAGCAGGGUCACUUUCUGGAGGGGACAACAUUCAGUUUCUCCGAUAGAGAUGUCAGGUGCAGAGCUGACAGUAUUCCCUUGUCUACAUGAUAAAGAAGCACGUCUGUUCUACAUAAUAUAUUUCUAUCUGGGGGUUCUGUGAUGUUGCAUCCCACUGAGCGCAACCAGGAGCAGAGCUUUUAUCAGUGUCUGCUGCUUUCACACAACUGUGGUAACAUCCACUCUUCCUCAGCGCUGAUAUCCCUACCCAUGUCCCUACAGAGCUGGAUGGGUUCGAUCAUAGAAUUACAAUGAUAUUGAAUGGUUCUAUUCCAUUCACCUUUGCACAUUCCUCCUCAGAAUCCUAUAAACAAUACAGCACCUACUGCAGUAUAAUUGUUCACCAUCACCUUUGAAGAGAAAUCAGAAAAAUAGAUAUACAUCUACACUGAGUAUACCAAGCAUUAGGAACACCUUCCUAAAAAUAGCCCCCCCUUGCCCUCAGAACAGCCUCAAUUCAUUCGGUCAUGAUGGACUCUACAAGGUGUCGAAAGCAUUCCACAGGGACGCUGGCCCAUGUUGACUCCAAUGCUUCCACAAGUUGUCUGGAUGUCCUUUGGGUGAUGGACCAUUAUUGAUACAUUGUUGAGCGUGAAAAAGCCAGCAGCGUUGCAGUUCUUGACAACAACCGGUGGCUCCUACUGCCAUACCCCAUUCAAAGGCACUUAAAGCACACAUACACAAGCCAUGUCUCGAAGCGUAAAACUCCUUUCACUCGUCUCCUCCCCUUCUUUUACACGGAUUCAAGUAGAUUUAAAAAGUGAUAUCAAUAAGGGAUCGUACCUUUUCACCUGGAUUCGCCUGUUCAGUCUGUGUCAUGGAAGGAGCAGGUGUUAAUGUUUUGUUAUACUCAGUGUAUAUGGGGAUAUUCCCUCGUUUUAAAUAAGUUGCCUUAUUUAAGUAUACAGCUGUAGAACUGUGUAAACGUCAAGACAUUUGCUUUACCGUAGACUAGAGAAGUCAUCCAUUUUUGUCGAUGGAUGAUGAUAUUGUUCUGACUUGUGUUCUCCCUCUGACUGUGUGGCUUGCCUCUGCAUGGCCCGGCUCACUGUGCUCCUCUCUCUGCCAUUCAGGUCAGCUGGUCAUAUUGAUCAGGGAACACUUUAUUGAUUGAUGCCAAACCCUACCAAUCCUCUAUUUCCCCACUACUAGGCUGGGAAAUAGCAUGUGGUGCACAUAGGGAAAACUAAAACACCCCCUGUAGUCAAUUAGAACAGGUUAGCUUUGAAACGGCGCCUUCUCAAUCAGUACGUUCAGUUUACCUGUGUCGAGAUUCGAUUGGCUGAUCACCUUCACCAUUGCCGACAGUACUCUGUCCAAGGACUUUAUAUCGGAAUGAUAUUUUCCCUGCAUUCAGUUGAAUCCACUCCCAAUGUUAUAAUUCAACCUGUACUAUAAUCAUAACAGUUUUUGGGGCUAAAGCCAAUCCCACUCCAGAUAGAAGCGAUUAUGUCACGUUAGUAGGAAUUCAACCAAAAGCUAAUUCCUGUAAGGUUGCCCCUGACAACACUGGCUUUCUCCGUAGGCGUUAUUAAAUAAACCGCUCGCUAACCGCUGGCUUCUGGUUCUGUCAUAUUACCUGGAAUGCAAUAAGUGAGAUGUGAAAUGAUGUUAUGUAACUCAACAAAAUUAUAGGCAUUUAGCAGAACUGCACAAUUGUAAGCUUAACUGUAGCAAUUGUACUGCACAGUGUCGGUUACAAAGAUAUGAUUUGGUCUGUGGCUUACUUUGGUUGACACUUUUCAUAGCUGUUGUAACUUGUGUCUUUUAGAAAGACAAUUAUUUGCUUGUAUGCUUUUUUUGUUGUAUUUUUACCAGUGAUUGUAAAUACUUAUUAUAUUUUUGUUUAAGAGAAUGUUUAAAAGCAAAAGUUAAUUUUAUUUCUCCAAGUCUACUGAUAUGAAUUUGGACAAUAAUAAACUGUUAAACGUUG